CUAAACUAGUUUAUUUGUGUGAAACAUCUCCUCUCUCCCGAUAAAUCAGACCCCUUCUAGAUAAAUCGUUGCAUUUAGCCAUCUUUUCCGAAGGGCGGUGCAAGUUCUCUCUCAUAAAUAUACAUAUUCCUCAUUUCGUGAAAGACUCUUUGCUCUAUUUGGCCUCGAUUGCCGUGUGCCACUUUCUUGUACUGGCGGAGCACAAAUGUCGUUCCUCGAGCCUUAUAACCAGGCAAAAGGAAUCAUUCUCUCACGAUGCGACACUUAGAAUUCUUUCCCUCCUUGCUCUUAGCCUCACAAUAUACCCUAACAAUCGCUGAUACUCUUUCCAUCACCAACGUGCCUGCCUCACCAACAGGUAGCUCGCCGGCUACAAAACCUUUCGGCUCGAACAAUAUCAACUCAGCCGUCGUCAUACCGGUUAUCGUCGCAUCAGUGAGUGUAUUCGUCGCUUUCCUCUUAAUCCUCUGUCUCAAAGUACCUGUUCCCAAACGAUUUUUACAUCCUGCGCGGGAUGACGAUUCAACUUUAAGGCCGGCGGAAACUUCGCACUUGCGAUUUUCCUGGCUUCAUCGAAGAAGAAGGUCUAGACCGACGAUAUGGCCUCACUCGGUAUAUAAUGGGCAAGGCUUCGAGUCGGGAAAGUGCGGAGAGCUGGAAAUGCGAGGCUUGGAAGACAUGACAGGCUUUCCAGGACCACUGAGGAAUGUACCGUUGUCACAAAGAGACACGCAAAAAAUGUCGCAGGCGAGGAUAGAGGAGGAGGCAGAAACUAGGAUUAGGGAGAUGUUGGAGAGGAUGAGUCCGGCGGAUAGAGCAAGGGCGAGUGAGCAAUUGAUAUAUGGACAGGCGGACGAAUUGCGGGACAAAACUAUUGGAGCUCCAUUCUAAGUUAUGGAAGAUACGUCAUAAUGUGAUGAAUAACAUUCAAUGGAAUGGAGGGGAAGGAUGAUCCUGUGAGUAAUGCACAUGAUAUGAUAUGGGUAGUUAAAUACACCCCACUGGAUAGUGUAAUUUCUUUCCUUUCAUCCCAAAGGCAACAUAUGAACAGCUUUCAGAAGGAUAGUAGGCAAAGGUUAAUAACCUCGUACUUUGGGAGAAGCCAUAUGAUCGAGGUUUCUUGUCCCCAGAUGUUGGGAUUUGAUCUGAACUUUGGAAGAUAGUCCAAAGUAUCCAAAAGAAGAGAGUCUUAUAACGUUCAAAUAGACUUAGCCAUGCAGCAAAAUAUGAAUCAACAAUGGAAUGCCAAUG